GGAUAUUACUCUAUGAGCCCUUGUGAUGACGGAUAUGCUUCCACAAUGUUAAGACCAUCUUUAACCACUGUGGAGAUGCAGGAUAUGCCAUUGUUGCCCUCUUUGGAUUAUGAGAAGCUGAAGAAAGAUUUGAUUAUGGAGAACGACCGUCUCAAGGCCUUCUUACUGCAGGCUCUGUGCUGGCGCUUGACAACUUCAUAUCCUGGAGAACAGAGAGACACUAUCCUGCAAGCCUACAUCAGUAAUGACCUCCUAGAUUGCCAAAGCAACUGUCAGAGAAGUGUCCUCAAAUUACUACAUUCUAAAAGUGAGAUAGUCAGACAGUAUAUGGCAAGGCUCAUCCAUGCUUUUGCUUCACUGGCAAAAGGUCGUGUCUACCUUUCUCAGAACCCAACGUUGCUGCAAAUGCUGGAGGAGAGACUGGAAGCUGAACGCAAGGAUUCCCUUACAUGGGAGAAUGUUCUGGGGGCUCUGCAGAAAUUCAGCCUCAGGCGUGCAGUGCAGUCGGAAAUGAUCAAAGAUGGGCUCAUUUUCUGGCUGGUUGAUGUUCUAACAGAUACAGAUGGCCUGUCUGAUUACGCGCUGGAGUAUUCUGUUGCCUUACUCAUGAAUCUUUGUCUGCGGAGUGCAGGGAAGAAAAUAUGUGCAAGGAUCGCAAACGAUGUGCUCAAAGUUCUCUCUGAUCUUCUUGGCCGUGAGAAUCAUGAGAUACAACCAUAUGUGAAUGGAAUACUGUAUAGCAUUCUUGCCGUCCCUUUGGUCCGAGAAGAAGCCAGAGCAAUGGGAAUGGAAGAAAUUCUGCACUGCGUUACCAAGGAAGGAAAUGCAGAGAUGAUCCAACAGAUUGAAUUUGUUAUCAAGCAGCUCAAUUCAGAAGAGCCGUUAAAUGAUAGUAUUGUGUCUGAUGAUGAAGAGGAAGAGAAGGAGGAGGAAGAGGACCAUAACAUCAUGGAGACUGAUCUGAACAAAGAUGAGGUUUUGCAGCCUCAACUGGGAGAGCUUGCAGGAGAGAAGCUGCUAACAACUGAGUACUUGGGAAUAAUGACUCAUACUCCAAAACUCAAGAAGCAGCUGUUUCCUAGAGUCCGUCAGAGUAUAGAUAAGCCUCUUCAGAGACCUGUGACGCCAGGUUAUCGCAGAACUGUGUACCUAAUGCCAGAAAACAAUACCAAUUCUUGUCAUGAUAGGGAUGAGAAGCUGCAGUCUCUGCCGAGUGAUCAUCCUCCCGUUUAUGGACGUAGCAAGUCCAGCAUUUCUGACCUCUGCAUUUCCCCUUCAGCAGUUGAAAUGAAGUCAUCUAAAAUAUUCUCAUCACGCCAUGGGAUGGACCGAAGCGUCUCAGCUGGUGCCAAUAUCUUGUCUUCCCGAUCUACUGACUUCAAGAAGGACAAAGUAAAUGAACAAUUGCAUAGGGAGUUUCUCUCAGCCUUCACCAGCAGACCUAAGAUUCCUCGCACUCCUGACGUGCAGAGUGUCAGCCCUAGAAGGAAAGAGUUCCCGGUCAUUGCCCCCCAGUUCUCUCAAUCUGAAUCCCAACAAACAAGGCGUCUCAGGUCCUCAAGAUCAUCCACAAGGAGCAGACAGAUUUGGAUCCCUGUGUACGUCUACACUGCAACUGAAUGUAGACCAGAUGUCAGUUCAGAAGAUGGGCUCAAGGCAGCCUAG